UCCCGCCCAUAUCGGAAACCGAAGACCGCGAGAGUGGGCCGCACAUUCAGUGACCCUGCAGAACGGGCGGCUGGAGUGUUUGGACCUUCGACGUGUUUUUGUUUUGUGAAAAGGACCUAAGACAGCCAUGGCAGGAGUGCUAGCCCGCAAGGCCGUCGACCACCUGAAAAGUAAAGAAUUCAGGGAGUAUUUAAUGAGCACGCAUUUCUGGGGCCCUGUAGCCAACUGGGGUCUCCCCAUCGCUGCUAUCAAUGACAUGAAGAAGAGUCCAGAAAUUAUUAGUGGCCGAAUGACAUUUGCCCUUUGCUGCUAUUCCCUUCUUUUCAUGAGAUUUGCCUACAAAGUCCAGCCCAGGAAUUGGCUUCUGUUUGCCUGCCACAUAUGUAAUGAGUCAGCACAGCUCAUUCAGGGUGGAAGGCUCAUCAGACACAAGUUAGAACAGAAGAAGGCCUAGGAGGAGGACAAAGCGGCCACCGAGAGAGCCACGUGCCAUUGUGUGAAUGAAUGUGUGUGGACUUCAAACGUUUCCACAAACCGGUUAAUGACUACUAGCCUGCACAGCUGUGACGCACAGGAAUCAAUCGUGUUGUCUUUAAUAAAUGACGGCAAUAAAUUAAAAAAAAAAAAAAGAAAUUUAAAUACAAGCAAACUGUUACAGUGCUGACGUUUAUUUUCAUAUGUAACUUAGGUACGUCCGUUUGCGUCGGCUCACAAUAAUCGAAUUGCAUUUGGCAGUUGCAAGAAUUGAUGGGACAGCCCAGCUGACGUGCGUCUUCAACAAACUCCAAAGGCCACCUUGGUAGCUCCUGGGCAGCAGGUUUCAGUAAAACUCCUUUAUGUAAUUUAUGAGUAUUGUACGAUGAGAAUGGACAUUUGAGUGAAUUGUUCUUACACAAAAUAAAGAAUAACGUCAGAUCAA